UAUGUCCAGAUUAGUCCGCAGAGUAUAAGCGAUCCGUCAGCCCGCAGCGAGAAGCACCCGUGGGGCACGUCUCGCUUUCACUCAGCCGGUCUCGCGCGUGGGCCACGUGCAUUGGAGAACUGAAUACGGCGGAUGUACAUCGAGUACAUACGGUACGAUGCACCGAACUGAUCUGUCUGAAAAGAGGAAGAAGGAGGGCCCGGAGCAGGUUUCACAUACGCAAUCACUGAUUGCGAGCCGAUAGCAGUUACACGAUCGCGAGAUCGCGUCUCGUUAAAUCGGUAUCGCUCAUCCACGAUCGAGACUCCCUGGUGUCACGGCACUCCUCGAGCUUGGCACCCAAGUACAACCUACCUUGUCCUCGUCGUGACUCGCCGAUGACGCAACGCAUAAAUACACGCCACGGGGAAUCGAACCGGUAACUUCUAGUUCUACCUCUGCUGCCGCUACAGCAUCUUCUUCUUCUUCUUCUUCUUCUUCUUCUCCUCCCCUUCUUCUUCUUCUUUUUCUUCUCUGAGGAAAGCAGUCUUUGAAAAGCGGUGGUUCCGGAGGCAGCUCCUUGAUCGGUACGGCUCCGAGAUCGUUAUCGUGAGAAGUGGAUGAAUCUCGGGCUGCCAGGUCUCGUGGCGAUCGAGUCGAGAAGGUGGAGGUAAUACAGCAUGGAGAAGGAGGAAGGAGAAACACAGCAAGCAGAUCUUAGAGACGCCGUCGAGUCCUGGCCGUCAGACCCGCUUUAUCCUCCGAUCGACUUGGAGGACUCCUCGCGAGGACCAAAUCGCUGCUAAAUCUUUCCGGUACGCCUUCGGAACUCCCGACUCGCGAGAUGCGGCGGCUGUCGAUAUUGAUCGGUAUGAUCGCGAUCGCGAGAGCUGGACCGUACGACAGGACAGCAGACUCGGUGAAUGACAGGACUCUGUUCAUUAGGAGUCUGCCGGGAUAUCCUGGGACUAGGAGUGAUCUUUACGAGGUCUAUAUGGAACCGUAUUAUUUCGCAGUCGGUUUGAAAGCUGUAGUGGAAAUGAAAUCUCUCGGUGAAGAUGGUUCGCCGGUGGAUGGACCCCGAGGGAUGCUGACAUUGGAGCAGCAUCCUGAGGGGGUCAGGGUCACAGGCACGAUCACGGAAUUAAAUCCGGGCUUGCACGGAUUCCAUGUACACGAAAAAGGAGAUUUGAGGAAAGGUUGCAAUUCGGCUGGUCCGCAUUUCAAUCCGUACAUGGUGAAUCACGGAGCACCGAGUGAUCCGUUACGUCACGUCGGCGAUCUCGGCAAUAUUGAGGUCGGAGAGGACGGAGUGGCGCAUAUCGACGGCAUGGAUCACUACUUGAGCCUAGUGGGCGUUCGGGGUGCGAUCGGCAGAGCUCUGGUGAUCCACGCGAAACCAGACGACCUCGGCCGCGGUGGAACCGAAGAGAGUCUGAAGACCGGAUCGUCAGGCGAGCGCGUUGCCUGCGGCGUUAUCGGAUUCUUGUAAAAGGAUUUCGAUGAACAGCGAAUUCGGCUAUUGCAUGCACUAAAUACGCACUGAAAACUGCCGUACUUAAUUCACUUAAAAAGAUACUGCAAGUAGUAUGCAAAAUCUUUGGUAUACACAAGCAGAUUUUGGUGAAGGAAACGAUAUAAUUCUUUGCUAAGGAUAAAAUAUUUGUUCUAUCAUAAUUCAAUCAGAAUAUUGUUAUAUAUUUCUUUAUAAUUUUGUAUAUUUUUACUCUAUUCUAAAUAUUGAUACUUUGAUAUUUUUUCAUAACUAUAUUCCGAGUCUCGACGUCUUUGUUGAAAUUAAAAUAAUUUAAAAAGGAAUAAUUAUUUUAAAUAUUUAUUACAUACUGUUUAUUCAUUUGUUAUGAAAAUAGCAUUAAAAUUAAGCUGGUUUUAAACUGGAUAUAUACGUAAAAUAAAAUAUGAUUAUUAUGAGUUAUUCACAUAAUAUAACUGUUAUAAUAUAAUUAAUUUUAUUCAGUUGAAGUAAUUAUGUGUGAUAUAUAUCUCUCGAGAGACGUUAUAGAUAAAUUUGUGUACACAGUCUGCAGAUUGUGCGCACUAGUGCAUCCACCCAAAUCCGCUAAAAGAGAUGUUGCGUAUCGCAACUUCAUUCACUAAUUUAAUUGCGCUCAUUUGUACCGAUCAAUAAAUCACAAAUGUAUAAAUAAAACACCUAUUCAAUGCA